AUGCCCCCCUCACCCACCUCCCCCCUAACGCACCUCUCCCUCCUCGAUGAACAACUCGACGACCUCACCACCACGCUCACCCCCCUCCUCACCACCCCCGGCCUCCCCUCCCUCACCGCCACACUCCCCAUCGCUGACCAAGCCCGCCUCUCCGUGCUGACCGCCUACACGCUCGAGUCCCUCCUCUUCACCUACCUGCGCCUCAAUGGCGUUGACGCCAAGACCCACCCCGUCAUGACAGAGCUCGCGCGCGUGCGCCAGUACGUCGCCAAGAUCAAUGCCGCGCAAGAGGCGCCGAAGCGUAGGCCGGCCGUGGAUAAAGAGGCCGUGGGCCGGUUCGUGAAGGCGGGGCUGGCGGGGAAUACGGCGGAGGGAGAAGGGGCAGGAGAGAAGGAGGAGAGGGAGAGGGCGAGGGCGAAGUUUGAGGAGGUGUCGAGACGGAUGGAGAGGAGGGAGGUUGAGGAGGAGGAGGCGAAGGAAAGGGAGGAGAAGGAGGCUGUGGAGAAGAAAGAGAAGGAAAAGGAGAAUGAGGAGCAGAUUACCCGCAUUCUGGAGAGCUUUAGGAGCCAUGGGGUGAAGAGGGGGAGUGAUGAAGAAGCGUCAGGUUCGGCGAGUGGGGCGGGUGUGAGUGGUGGUGGGGCGGAGAAGAGGAAGAGGAGGAAGGGGAGGAAGGGAAAAUAG